AUGGAACCCGACAGCUACAUUGACCCGAAUCUGACUCGGUCGGACCUCCUGGUUCUGCAAACUUUGCUCUCGGACAGUCAGGCACAAUCAUCCGGCUCGAGAUCCGUCACCCUCAAAUAUGUCCCAUCCCAAAACAACUCGCAAUACAAAUCUGUCCCUGAGCAACUGGAAGCCUUCAACAAUCCUCAGCAUGUCGACUUUGAGCCUACCGUCACCAUGACCUGGGACACUGCUGAUCUCAAGGCCAAACUCCCGUCUGCUCUUAGCCAUUGGCUCCUCCAGCCGUAUAUCAAGCUGGGACGAAGAGUUGUCCGGGUGGAAACCGAUGUCGUGAUGCUCACGCAUCUCAUCCUGUACUUUACCACGUCCGUCCCCAGUGCGCUCUACCUGUAUUAUCACUUCACUUGGGUCCAUGGCGUCCUUCACUGGAUCAUGCAGUCGUACUACGUGGGAUCCUACACGCUCAUGAUGCACCAGCACAUCCACAUGGGCGGGAUCCUAGCCAAGAGCUUCUGGCUGUUUGACUCGGUCUUUCCCUACAUCACCAAUCCGCUCAUGGGACAUACGUGGAACUCGUACUACUAUCAUCACGUCAAGCAUCAUCACGUCGAAGGGAAUGGUCCCGAUGACUUAUCCUCGACAGUCAGGUAUCAACGAGACGAGCUGUCCGACUUUCUCUGCUAUGUCGGCCGAUUUUUAUUCCUCGUGUGGUUUGAGCUUCCGAGCUACUUCUUCCGAAAAGGCCAGUUCCUCCAAGGUCUCAAGGCGGGUUUCUGGGAGAUAGGAAACUACCUCUUUAUCUACGGGAUGUAUCGCUUUGUGAAUGCUCAUGCAACGCUCUUCGUUUUCAUCCUUCCCUUGUUCCUCCUCAGAUUGGGCUUGAUGGUCGGCAACUGGGGGCAGCACGCCUUUGUUGACGAGACAGACCCAAACUCGGAUUUUAGGUCCAGUAUCACCCUGAUUGAUGUUCCGAGUAACCGCUUCUGCUUCAACGACGGCUACCACACGUCUCACCAUCUCAAUCCCCGCCGUCACUGGCGCGAGCACCCGGUGGCGUUUCUCAAGCAAAAGGACCGCUAUGCAAGCGAGCAUGCGCUGGUAUUCCGUAAUAUCGACUAUCUGAUGAUCUCCUACCGGCUCAUCCGGAAGGACUAUAUGCAUCUGGCCAAGUGUCUGGUUCCGAUGGGCGACCAGAUUUCCAUGUCGAUCGAGGAGAGAGCCGCCAUGCUACAGACCAAGACGAGGAGGUUUACCGAGGCGGAAAUAGCGAGGAAAUUUGGAGUGAGUCGGUAG